AUGACUUGGCAGAUGUGCGGCUCGAAGACGAGGAUGCAGAAAGGAAUAGCCGCCAGCGAACCAGACAAGCACGCCUCGACGCGUCUGAGACACCCUUCACGCGCCGUUCGAGCCUCGGGUCCCGUGGGACAGUCUGGCAAUCCAUAA